AUGCCAAAGUCCGGCUUCGAUCCGCAGCGACACCAGCGCAAAACGGCGCGCCACAAUCCACUCGGAUCCAAAAAGGGCAGUCAGCCCUCGUCAGCCGCUACGGUGCAGGCCACCUCGGCGGCGCUGCAAGCCAUCAAAGAGCAGACGCGCAAGGCCGCGGGCAACGGCGCCUCGGCUUCGCCAGCAGAGCAGAUCGUGCCCCUGCUGCAGAAUCUACCUCUUCCGAGCGCACCAAAGGAACAGCAGGCCAGCGUCAACUCGGGCGACAAGAUCUGGUCUCUCGCCUCUGUCAGCCUCCUCCUCUCCCCCUCGUCGGGCCACACGCUGGCCGAGGUCAAGCAGAACCGCAAGCUGCUGCUUUCAAAGGACAUCGUGGCUCGCCUCAUUCACGCCCUCCAGUCGGACACCAAUGUCGAGGUCAGGCGAGAGGCCAGCGGGGCCCUCCGCAAUCUCUGCGUCGAUGCGGGCUUCGACGUGCGCGGCGAGGUGGCCAAUAAGGGUGGCGUUGCCGCCGUCCUGGGCGCCAUGAGGUGGGCAGCCAACGCCCUCGGGUUCGAUGUCGAUGGACUCUCCGCAUCCCCUUCCAAGAGCUCGGAACAGGGAUCAAACGAAAUGUUUGUCGACGGCGCACCUUCAGCGGCCGAAGAGUUGGAAAAGAAGCGGGCGCUGCUCGCCAAGCCGAUCGACAAGAUGAACAAGAAGGAGAAGCGUCACGCCACCCGGAUCGCUGCCGCCAUGGGCAAGUCCCUGGAACAGGUGGCGGGGCAGACGCUCUCGGCGGAAGACGAAAAAGUCCUUGGUGCAAGCGACGACGCCAUCGCGGCUUCCGCCAGCACCAACGUGAACUCGGCAUCGUCCAGCACGGGCAACUCGGAGCCCUUCAUCGCAUUGGAUGCCGAGACGAGAAAAGGCCUAUUGGAGAUGUCGGAGAAUUUGGCCACCAUCACCUGGUGCCUCUGCGAGUGCGGCGGCAACCCGUUCGCCAAACUCGUGACGUGGAAGUGGCUGGACGAAGAUUUGGUGGGAGCUGCCGCCGCCUCCGAGAUUCCCGGCCAGGGCUUGUCCGCCUGGCUCUGCGGGUCCAUCGCCCUCGGCUGCCGGGCUGCCUCCGUGCUCAGCGUUGCGGGGCCAGACGGUGCACGACCCAGCGGCAGUAGCGACCCAAUCGCUUCGCUGAAGAACGAGGAGCUCUCGCUGAUCCUCGAUCUGGCGCUGGCUUCGGCAAAUGCACUCUGUGGUCUCACCGACGGAGGCGAGGCUGACUUCGUCGACGGCCUCCUUGGCCGACCAUCCAGCUCUGUCAAAAGCGACGGCGCCAAGAAGAAGGGCGCCAAGCCCCUCAAGCCGGUCGUGCUCCCUGUUGUCGAAUCGCUCGAACAGCAGGCCGAGGGCGCCACAAAGCGCUUGGUCCAGAUCGACCGGGCCAUCGUACUACUCGAAGCUUGCGUUCAGACCGAUCACACCAGCCUUGACAAGCUCAAGCGCUACGUGCUGUCCCAGACCACGAUGCUCGGCGUCCUUGCCUCUGGCGCGCUGCGCAACGUGGCGGCCGCUGUCGACAAGACAAAGGCGUCCGGCGGCGCCUUUGCGGGCGCUCGGAAGAAGAAGCAGGCCGCCUUCACCUCUUCCAACGUCUUCGUGCCCGGACGCAAGGACGGCGAGGCUGCCCUGUCGCUCAAGAGGUACGAAGAAGCGCACAUCCUACCGGCGCUCCUCCAGCUUUUGGCCGCAGUCGACUGCACAGCCCUUGCCCGCGAUCUCGAGGGGCAGGGCGUCGUCGAGCCUGCACAGAGCGACGCCGGGAACAAUGACGGUGCGCAAGCGAAGCUGCAGGUACGGGCAGAGGAAAAGGCACAGACCCUCAGUCUCGCCAUCGAGAUCCUCGCCGAGAUGGCAAGCGGUUUCGACCUUGCCAAGGGCGGAGAGGCCGACGACGAGUGGCAGGAAGACCUCGAUGCAGAAGCGGCCAGCGACGAGGAGAUGGACGAGGACGUUGACGUCGACAUUGCCGACGGCGACACGGACAACGCGCUUGCCGGUGAGACAGCUGCGGAUGACGGCGAAGGCGACGACGACGACGAUGACGACGACAAGAUGGCCGACGAGGAUACUUUUGCCGAGGCGGUCAAGCGGGGUGGCGGAAUCCGAUUCGAAAGCAUCGCGCCGACCCUCUGCCAUCUCGUCCUCCCCACGAACGGGGUCCCGGCGCUGGCCGACGUCUUGCUGCCUCUUGCGAGGCCAUUCGAGUCGAGCUUCCCGUCCCUGGUCUCUUCGACCUCGGCCUCUUCGGGCGCAUCGUCGGCGCAGAAGCAGGCCCCGACGCUUCUUCGCGCCAUCCACCUGCGCUCUCUGUCGGUGCUCAACAAUGCUCUGCUGCGGCUUGCCACCUUCGCGGCUCCACCGCCCUCUCAGCCCGUUUCGGGUCUUAAGGAGGCACGUCGACUCGCCGCCUUCCGCUCCUGGCUCUCCGGCGAUGCCGGCGCCGGUUCGCGCCUGACGACCACCUUCCAGGCCCUCUAUGAGGUGGCGCGCGGUUGCGCCAGCGUUCCGGCCGUGGCCAACGCCACGCCCGCCCUUUCGGCCACCCACAGCAUCGUCGAACCUCUGCCGUCGUCGGUCGCCGCCUCGUCGACGGGCAACACGGAAAAGCAGGACGGCCUACAGAUCGUCGAGACCUGCAUCGGCAGUAUGUGGUCCAUCGCCCGCUGCUUGGAGGGCACCGUGCCGCUCUCGUGGACCGCCGGAAGCGUCGUCCUACCCUCUUCGCCGGGUGCGGAGUCGGCCGAGCUCAUCUCGGCGCUGAUGGCAUCGUACCACACCGCAUCGUCGGACAACAUGAAGGUCAAGGCCAUUUCCCUGCUCGCCACCAUCGCACGCGCAGCCAACGUCUCGCUGCCGCUCAAUGAGAAGAUUGCUUUCUUCCUCCUCUCGAUCCUCGAGGCUGUCCCGGAUCGACCCACGGCAGCGGGCAGCGCGGCCAGCGCCGAGAGCGUCGUGGCCGCCAUCAACGGGCUCGUCGACACGUUUGCCGACGAAAACUCGCACUACGACGUCAACUUCCGACGCGGAGACAUGCUCAAGCGCUGCCGGGCCACCGUCUUCAAGUGUCGCGCUGUCGUCAAGUGCAUUGAUAGGCGCAGGCACCUCUCUCUCCGGGCCAUUGCCGAGGAGGCGGCCGAAAACUGGAUGGCCUUCGUAGAGUACCGCCAGGGCCUCAAGCUCUAG